AUGCAGUCGCGCCAUCUCCCAAUAAACUCUAUUCUGUUCCAUGACUACCAUGAGCCUGCUUCAAACCCGGCUACAAGCUCCAACCGCCCCCAGAGCGCAGCCCUGGUUAAUGUGCAAGAUGCGUCCGAUUUAAGCAUUACGGCGCUGCCCCGGCCACCUACCGUCACUAUCACGACUACAAGGGAUGGUACUUCGAGAGAAUCAUUGUGGAAACGACUGCGUGCGGCUAUCAGCGGGUGGUUGUGUUUUGGGAAAAAGAGUGAAAAGAGACGGAAACGUGAGCCGGAGGAGGGUGCGGAAGUCAAGUACCAGUGA